AUGGUUCACACUAAUCUUUUGGUGCGUGACGCCACUGUGGAUGAUUUGAAACAUACCAGUGAAGUCGUUGAAAUCAUCAACACCGCAUAUCGAUCUGAAGCCAGCUGGACUUCUGAAAACGAGAUUGUUGAUGGUCCACGUAUCAAUGCUGCUGAAUUGGAGGAUAUUGUGCGUAACAACGGCAACCCUCACCGAAUCUUGUAUGCAUUUGAAAAGGAUGAGCAAGGUGCUGAGUCCUUGGUGGUUGGCACGUCUUUGAUUGAAGCUAGCAAAGAUGAUCCAAGUGAAGCCGAAGUGCGCUUGUUCUCUGUACGUCCAUCGCAUCAAUCCCGAGGUCUUGGUCGCCUUAUUUUUGAUGCAUCUCUCAAUCGCAUGCGAGAGCUUGGUUUACGUACAGCUGUUUUACGUGUGUUUGACACCCGAGGUGGUCUUAUUGAAUGGUACAAGAAGCUUGGAUUCAAAGAAACCGGCGUAUUGAGAUACGAAGGUGCCAGUGGCAAACUUAAGAUUGACGGCGUCAACUUUGUCAUUCUCAAGCAAGAUCUUUAG